AUGGAUGGAAAGACGGACGUGGAGGCUCAUAGAAUCCACGUCCGAAAGGUUCUUACACUAAUGCGAGAGCAUAAGUUGUUCGAGAACCUCAAGAAGUGUAUAUUCGCAGCGAACGAAUUACCACUUCUUGGCUGCAUCGUGGGUAAAAAUGGUGUACGCCCUGAUCCGGAAAAGAUCAAGGCGAUCAGCGACUGGCCUGUUCCAGUCGACGUCAAGGGACUUCAAAAGUUCCUUGGCUUGGCGGCGUACUUGCGCAAGUACUCGCGCAACUACGCCGAGAUGACCGUACAUCCCUCUCGUCUGUUAAAGAAAAACACGAGGUGGUCAUGGAGUGCUGAGUGUCAGCACUCUUUUAGAGGUGACAAGAAAAGCUUGGUGCAAUCACCUGUGUUGGCGAUUGCAGAUCAGGAUAGGACAUUUCAUGUGGUCUGUGACGCCAGCGAUUUUGCAAUCGGCUGCGCGUUAAUACAGUACGACUCAGACAAAGUUGAGCGCGUCGUCUGUCAUCAAUCGCGUCAGCUGCAAGCAGCUGAGCGUAAUUACCUAGUGCAUGAUUAG